AUGGGCCUGAUCCUGAGCGUGGCGUCCGCCCUCAUCAUGUCCGUCAACCUGCUGGUGGCGGCGGCGCUCGCCGGGCUGCUGCUGAGGAAGAGGAGCCAGAGCUGGUGCUUCGUCCUCAACCUGGCGCUGGCCGACGCCCUGGUGGGCGUGGCCAUCACCGGCCUGGCCGCGGAGGACUUCCGCCAGGACCAGAACCAGAACCGGCUGGACCUGAACGCCAGCAGCGCGGCGGGGAAGAGCCGCUGCCUGCUGCGCAUGUCCUUCGUCAUGGCGCCCUGCACGGCGUCCAUCCUGUCCGUCUUCCUCAUCUCGCUGGACCGCUACGCCGCCAUCAAGAUGCCCCUGCAGUACUCGCUGCUGGCGGGGAGGAGCAGGGCGGCGGCGGCGGCGCUGCUGGCGCUGUGGAUCGGCGCCGCCAUGGUGGGAUUCGCACCAGUCAUGGUGAAGCAGCUGCAGUCCCGGAGGAUCUACGGCGGCUACUGCGCCCUGUUCGCCGUCGUGGACGAGGUGGGGAUCAUCGCCCUGUUCAGCACCUGCUUCUUCCCGGUGCUCGGCCUCUUCGUCUACGUCUACCUGGACAUCCUGAAGAUCGCCUGCGGCCACCACCGGCAGAUCUGCCGGGACCGGCAGGCCAGCCGCGGGCCGGCCGAGCAGCGCUGCCGGCGCCGGCAGCUGCGGAGCUUCUGCUGGGCCCGCGUCAAGGCGCUGCGCACGGUGGGCGUGCUGGUGGGCUCCAUCGUGCUGCUGUGGUGCCCCUUCUUCGUGGUGUGCGUGGUGCACACGCUGUGCGAGGGCUGCGGGCUCAGGGACGAGCUGGAGGGCGCCCUCUUCCUGCUGGGCCUGUGCAACUCGCUGGUCAACCCUCUGGCGUACGCCGUCUGGCAGGGCGAGGUGCGCCUGCAGCUGGCCGCCAUGUUCUCCUGCGCCUGGAGCCGGGCGGCGUCUCUGGGGGGGGUCACCAGGACAUGUGACCGCCCAGAAACUCACAACCCCAACCUGCCUGCCACCAGCAACGUCUGA